CAUCUGUGACUAUGCGUCGCCGUCUAUUGCUUGCUUUUGACGUCAUUCUCGUUGCUUUUUUAAAUUUCCUUCGUACCUAUUCUUUUCUAUGUGUCUAAAUGUGACUUUUUUUUAAACAACAUAAAUAUUACAAUAUUAAUUGAUACUUAAUGUAAUGUAUUGUGUUAUUGUAAUUCGAUUCACUUUCUGAGAUAAGUGAUAUUAACAUAACCUGCAAACAAAACACCGCCUUACUAAAAUGGAUAAUACCGAUGAAAAUGUUGAAAUUGACUGGGGAAAUGAAAGGCUGAGUCGUGCCCAACGUGCUGUUGAGGCAAACAUUUAUGAUGUAGAUUCAUGGUCUUUGCUUAUUAGAGAAGCCCAGACAAGGCAUAUAAAUGACGUGCGCUCAAUGUAUGAGAAGCUUAUUACAGCUUUUCCUACUACAGGUCGUUACUGGAAAAUCUACAUUGAACAGGAGAUGAAAGCAAGACUAUUUGAAAAAGUAGAAAAGCUGUUCCAGCGGUGUCUCAUGAAGAUUCUCAACAUCGAACUGUGGCGGCUUUACCUGAACUAUGUAAAGGAGACCAAGUGUAUGUUGCCAACAUACAAGGAGAAAAUGGCUCAAGCAUACGAUUUCGCACUGGAAAAAAUAGGGCUAGAUAUCCACGCUUACCCAAUAUGGAAUGACUACGUCACAUUCCUGAAGAGUGUGGACGCUGUCGGCUCUUAUGCUGAGAAUCAGAAAAUAUCUGCAGUCAGAAAGGUCUACCAAAGGGCCGUUAUAACCCCAAUAAUAGGCAUAGAGACGCUGUGGAAGGAUUACAUAGCUUUCGAACAAAGUAUCAACAGUAUUAUUGCGGAACGAAUGGCUAUGGAGCGUUCAAGGGAGUAUAUGAACGCCCGACGCGUGGCCAAAGAGUUGGAGACUGUCACACGGGGCCUAAAUAGGAACAUGCCGGCGACUCCGCCCACUGUCGACCGGGAGGAAAUGAAACAGGUGGAACUGUGGAAGAAGUACAUAACAUGGGAACGCUCGAAUCCUCUCCGCUCAGAGGACACGGCGUUAGUCGCGCGCCGAGUAAUGUUUGCCAUAGAGCAGUGCCUCUUGUGCCUGGCGCACCACCCUGAUGUAUGGCACCAAGCGGCGCAGUUUCUAGAUCAUUCUGCUAAACUGCUCACGGAGAAAGGGGAUUCAAAUGCGGCACGACUAUUCUCAGACGAAGCGGCCGCUGUAUACGAGCGGGCGACGAGCGGGCCGCUCAAGCAAUCUACGUUGCUACAUUUCGCGCACGCCGACUAUGAAGAGAGCAGGCUGCAUUACAACAAGGUGCACCAAGUGUAUACAAGAUAUUUAGAUAUGGAAGAUAUAGAUCCAACGCUGGCUUACGUACAGUACAUGAAGUUCGCGAGGAGAGCUGAAGGUAUCAAGUCAGCGCGGACCGUGUUCAAACGGGCCAGGGAGGACCCUAGAUCCCGCUACCACGUGUUCGUCGCCGCUGCUCUCAUGGAGUACUACUGCUCCAAAGACAAGAACAUAGCCUUUCGAAUCUUUGAACUUGGACUCAAGAAGUUCUCGCAUAUACCGGAGUAUGUGCUCUGCUAUAUCGAUUAUUUGUCGCAUCUGAACGAGGAUAACAACACUCGAGUGCUGUUCGAGCGAGUGCUCUCGUCGGGCAGCCUCAAGCCUGAGAGUUCAGUGGACAUAUGGAACAGGUUCCUCGAGUUCGAAUCCAACAUCGGCGAUUUGAUUUCUAUCGUUAAGGUAGAGAAACGACGGCAAGCUGUACUAGAGAAGAUAAAAGAGUUUGAAGGCAAAGAGACCGCUCAGCUGGUGGACAGAUACAAGUUCCUAGACCUGUACCCCUGCAGUAUUGCCGAGCUCAAAUCAAUUGGAUACACAGAGGUCGCAUCUAUGUCUAAUAAAUCUUGGGCGCUUGGUGGACCUUUGGCGGGCAUAUCGCCAGAAUUAGCAGCUGUCAUAUUAGGACAGAAGGACAACGAUCCAAACAAAGACAUUGCUCGGCCGGACACUAAUCAGAUGAUACCUUACAAACCGAAAGUGAACCCCCUACCUGGAGAACAUCCUAUAUCUGGUGGCACAUUCCCGAUGCCGCCUGCGUGCGCUCAUUUGUGCACGCUGAUGCCGCCGCCGACCAGCUUCCGCGGACCGUUCGUAGCCGUCGACCGCCUCAUGCAGCUCUUCAACAGGAUCUCCCUCCCUGACAAGCCCCCAGCGCCGACCCAGGAGAAUGGCUGCGACACGAAGCUGUUUGACUUGGCGCGCUCCGUUCACUGGAUUGUGGAUGAUGAGGGAAUCACCACCGUAGCCAAUAAGACGCGUCGAAGAAAAGCCGGCGAGGACUCGGAUGAUGACGAGUUGGGUGUAGCACCACCCGUCAACGAUAUCUACCGGCAGAGGCAGCAGAAGCGGGUCAAAUAGAUGGUUCUGACACACUCGACUAGUAGAAAUAUAAGACAUACAUAUAGAAUCGUAGCCUUGAUCUAUGUGAUGUAGAACGUUUAGGUAUAGUAGACGUUCUCUAUAUAACUGGAUAUAACUAGCACUGUUUUUAAUUAUUCCCAAUGGCUAACAGAAUCACCUGUUGCUACUAGCGCCAUCUAGUACCGAACUAAAUAGUUUUUAUUGUAGAGCAUAAUAUAUAAUACAUGCUAGUCUCGUUUACUAAUAAUCCCCUCCACCACCUUCACCCAUUUCAUUAUAUUAGAUUAUGAGUUUCAGACUCAGACGGGCCACACAAGACUAUUUGUACCUAGUAAUUAAUAACAAUAUAUUUAACAUGUUCACUGAAAUGUUAACUACUUGAUCUAAUAAACGCUACCCAUUUAGAUGUGAGGCCUCCCUUUGAUCUGUAAGAUGAGUAAAUGUCGUACCUAUAUUUUUAUGUACUUCAACUUUAAGGAAAAGUUCAGACAUUUGUUUUUUAAUACUUACGUUACAUUGUACAAUACAUUUUUCAUGAAUAAUGUUGCUAAGUCAUUUUGUCUACACCUAUAACUAUACAAAAUAUAUAAUUUGAAACAAUAACAUAAUAAUUAAUUAACACAAAGUCUCAUUUAAUGACAUUAUUGUACCAAUUCAUAGGCUACAGUAAUCACUUAACAUAAAGCGGGCCGUGUAUUUGCCACCUCAGUGGUAUUAAAAUCUACUUAAUGUAAUACCAAGAUAGUUUAUUAAAUGUGUCAAAUUUCAAACGAUUAUUAUAAGGAGGAAACAAGAAUAUAUACCUAUCUAUUUAUAAGGAUUUAUUCUUCUUUCAGUCUAAUAUGUAUCCAACCUUUUUUGUUCUAAUACAUGGGAAAUUGGUUCUGGUUUUAAUAAAGCUAUACAUGUGCAGUCUGUAACCUAAACUUAGAUAUUUUAUUUUUAAUGAUUAAUUGUAUAAUUAUAUUAUCGUAUGUUUAGUUAAGUAAUAGAUUAUAAACAUAUUCAUGUAAUAAAAUUUUAUAAUGAC